CGGCUUGGUCUUUAACACCGCCCCGUGCACAUGUCGGGAGAGGCCCGGCAGCGGCAGCUGGGAGCGCACAGACGGCUGCCGGGCCCGGGCGAGGCGGGCGGCGCCGCGAUGCUGCGAGGCAGACGGUGCGGGCAGCUCGGCCAGUACGGCCGGGCCACCGGGCCUGGCAGCCUGCUGGCGUGGCUGAUGCUAGCAUCCGCGGGCGCUGCGUCGUGUCCCGAAGCCUGCUGUCCCCAUGGCCCCUCUGGGCUGCGCUGCACCCGGGCUGGAGCCCUGAAGAGCCUCCUGUCUUUGCCGGGCAUCGAGAACCUGACGGAGCUCUACAUCGAGAACCAGCAGCAUCUGCAACGACUGGAGUUCAAUGACCUGAGGGGCCUGGGGGAGCUGAGAAAUCUCACCAUCGUGAAGAGUGGUCUCCAUUUCGUGGCGCCGGAUGCCUUCCAUUUCACUCCUCGCCUCAGCCGCCUGAAUCUCUCCUUUAAUGCUCUGGAGUCUCUCUCUUGGAAAACUGUCCAAGGCCUCUCAUUACAGGAACUGAUCCUGUCGGGGAACCCCCUGAACUGUUCCUGCGCUCUGAGCUGGCUGCAGCGUUGGGAGGAAGAGGGGCUGGGCGCAGUUGCCGACCAGAAGCUGCAGUGUUCCGGGCAGAAGCCUAUCGCCCUUCUGUCCAACGCCAGCUGCGAUGUGCCCAGGCUGAAGGUCCGCAUGCCCAAUGCCUCAGUGGACGUGGGGGACAGCGUGCUGCUGCAGUGCCAAGUGGAGGGUCAGAACCUGGAGCAGGCCGACUGGAGCCUCACAGAGCUGGAGGAGUCAGCCCCAGUGCUGAAAUCUGAGGAUCUGCAGUUUCUGGAGCUUACCCUGACCAAUGUCACCAGUGACCUCAACAGGAAGAACUUGACGUGCUGGGCGGAGAAUGAUGUGGGCCGAGCCGAGGUCUCUGUCCAGGUCAAUGUCUCCUUCCCCCCCAGCGUGCAGCUGCACAAGGCGGUGGAGCUGCACCACUGGUGCAUCCCCUUCUCAGUGGACGGGCAGCCAGCACCCUCUCUGCGCUGGCUCUUCAACGGUUCGGUGCUCAAUGAGACCAGCUUCAUCUUCACCGAGUUCCUAGAGCCAGUGGCCAAUGAGACCAUGCGCCACGGCUGUCUGCGCCUCAACCAGCCCACCCACGUCAACAAUGGCAACUACACACUGCUGGCCGUGAACCCCUCUGGCAGGGCGGCUGCCUCCAUGUUAGCUGCCUUCAUGGACAACCCAUUCGAGUUCAACCCCGAGGAUCCCAUCCCUGACACUAACAGCACAUCGAGAGACCCUGUGGAGAAGAAGGAUGAAACACCUUUUGGGGUCUCAGUGGCCGUGGGCCUGGCUGUCUUUGCCUGCCUCUUCCUUUCUACGCUGCUCCUCGUGCUCAACAAAUGUGGACGGAGAAACAAGUUUGGGAUCAACCGCCCGGCCAUGCUGGCUCCAGAAGAUGGGCUGGCCAUGUCCCUGCAUUUCAUGACGUUGGGUGGCAGCUCCCUGUCCCCCACUGAGGGCAAAGGCUCCGGGCUUCAAGGCCACAUCAUCGAGAACCCGCAGUACUUCAGUGAUGCCUGUGUCCAUCACAUCAAGCGCCGAGACAUCGUGCUCAAGUGGGAGCUGGGUGAGGGUGCCUUUGGGAAGGUCUUCCUUGCUGAAUGCCACAACCUGCUGCCUGAGCAAGACAAGAUGCUAGUGGCCGUCAAGGCACUGAAGGAGGUGUCGGAGAGUGCGCGGCAGGACUUCCAGCGUGAGGCCGAGCUGCUCACCAUGCUGCAGCACCAGCACAUCGUCCGCUUCUUUGGAGUCUGCACCGAGGGCCGCCCGCUGCUCAUGGUCUUUGAAUACAUGCGGCAUGGUGACCUCAACCGCUUCCUCCGGUCCCACGGACCUGAUGCCAAGCUGCUGGCUGGCAGGGAGGACGUGGCUCCAGGCCCCCUAGGCCUGGGGCAGCUGCUGGCUGUGGCAAGCCAGGUCGCUGCAGGGAUGGUGUACCUGGCAGGCCUGCACUUUGUGCAUCGGGACCUGGCCACACGCAACUGUCUGGUGGGUCAAGGGCUAGUGGUCAAGAUCGGCGAUUUUGGCAUGAGCAGGGAUAUCUACAGCACAGACUAUUACCGCGUGGGAGGCCGAACCAUGCUGCCCAUCCGCUGGAUGCCGCCCGAGAGCAUCCUCUACCGCAAAUUCACCACCGAGAGCGACGUGUGGAGCUUCGGCGUGGUGCUCUGGGAAAUAUUCACCUACGGCAAGCAGCCCUGGUACCAGCUCUCCAACACCGAGGCGAUUGAGUGCAUCACGCAAGGCCAUGAGCUGGAGCGGCCCCGCGCCUGCCCACCCGAAGUCUACGCCAUUAUGCGGGGCUGCUGGCAGCGGGAGCCUCAGCAUCGCCACAGCAUCAAGGAUGUGCAUGCCCGGCUGCAAGCACUGGCCCAGGCUCCCCCUGUCUAUCUGGAUGUCCUGGGUUAGGAGCCUGCCCAGGGACUGGGUUUGGCGAGCCAGAAUGCUGGAGCCUACCCUAGCAGCUCCCAGCACCCCUGAGUGAUCACCAAGCAUCUAACUCACCCUCAGCAUGUGGGAGGGGUCUGGUGGGAGCUGAGACUAGAGGAUGUUCCUGCUUCUCUAAGUCAGGGUUCCGUCAUAGCAAUUAUAUUUAUUAUCCCUU